AAUAAAUAGGUUUGCAAGUUCAGCAUUCAGCUACUCAUGCUUCUUUCAUUCUGCUGAGUCGGGUUAGUUCCUUGAAUAGGUUUAGAUUUGUGGGAAGGGAGACGCUUCAGUGUAGGAGGAGUGAGGAGUGGGGGAAAGAGGAAGGGGAUGGAUCAAUACUCAACUGCUUCCUCCAAUAGUACGGGACUUUGUAACAGCUGUUGGAGUACAGCAAGAGACAACUUCUUUCCAUUACACUUCCUAUUUUCAACUUGAAUCGUACACCUGCAGUUAUUGGUGUAGUAGUGGUUUGUCCUUAUCAUAUCACAAAAACAAAGAAAAAAUGGCCAAGUCUGACACUUCCAAUCUCGGCUAUGCCUAUCAUUUGCCUUCAGGGGGCUGUUUGAUGAGAAUCAGGAAUGCGUUAUCCCAGUUCAGUGAUCUUUUCAGUGAGUUCAAUAGAUACAUUGCACCAGCCUAUCAUCAUGACCGAUGCGAAAGGUCGGUUCAAAUGAGAUUAUACUCGAUGCAUAAAAGAGAAUUUGUGAUGGUAUUUAUAGGAUUCUUUGCGUUUAUUGGUCUAGGAUUGUCUAUCGGAUUAGCUGGUCCUCCAAUAACCAUUACCAGUAAACAUAAAGCAACUGAUUUACUUCAAAGGCAAAACUUCACAAGUAGCAUAUCCUCAGGGCCUUUUGUCAUGAAGAGUCCUGCAAUGUCUACUUACUGCCAGCAAUUGUGGGUUAUUGCCAUGGUUGAGACUGAUAAUACUGAUGAUGAAAAAUUCGACAAGAGCUUCCAUGUAAGCGUAGUGAUCGAUGGACUUCUCGCCGACAGUAAUCUAGUCAAUGUAAUGCGCAGAGACAGUGCACAUAAUAGGACAAGACAUUUGCGUUGCGAAAAACAAUUCUGUGAUCAAGUGACGGUCGCUCAUCUUGGAUUUUUAGAUUACAAGUAUUAUGUUCUCACUGUCUACUUCUAUGAUCUAGAAAGCUUCCAUAAGCGAUACCAUAUAAGCGAGAUCACUUUCUAUUUCAAAAGUUACAAUCCAGGUUUCACCCAGAUUGAAAUCUGGUUUCGCUUCAUAUUCCUCCUCUCCACAUUCAUUGUAUCCUGCUGGUUUGGUCAUAAUUUGAGAAAAUAUCCCGUUUAUGAUUGGUCAAUAGAACAGAAAUGGAUGUCUGUACUUCUUCCUCUAUUGUUGCUGUAUAACGAUCCUAUAUUUCCAAUGACGUUCCUAGUAAAUUCAUGGCUACCAGGAAUGCUGGAUGCGAUAUUUCAAGCCUCGUUUCUGUGUGCGUUACUGAUGUUCUGGCUCUGCAUUUAUCAUGGAUUGCGACAGAAUGAGAGGAGAAUUUUGACAUUUUACUUGCCGAAAUUGUUGCUUGUUGGUCCCCUGUGGGUGUGUGCUGUGGUCAUGGCCACCUGGCAGAAAUUGAAUGAACUGGAGGAUCCCACCUACAGCUACAAGCUUGACACGUCCAACUUCUAUAGUUUUAAGGUUUUCUUCUUCAUAUUUGUGGGCCUGUAUCUCACCUACCUUUUGUGCCUUAUUUUGCGUGCGUACAGUGAGCUUCGCUCAAUGCCUUUUUUUGAUAUGCGACUGAAGUUUAUGACGUUGUUAGUUAUGAUUGUAUUGUCCAUAAGUAUUACAAUAACAAUAAUGAGGUUCGGAGUAGGAGUACUAGAAGAUAAUUUUGUGGCCGAACUGUCAACCCAUUACCAGAGUUCAGCACAGUUCAUGGGAUUCUACGGACUAUUGAAUUUCUACCUCUACACGAUGGCUUACGUGUACUCGCCGUCUAAUAGAACAGUUUUUGAAACGGCCAUAACUAAAGAUAAUCCGGCGUUCUCGAUGAUCAACGACUCUGAUGAGGAUGUGAUCUAUGGAUCAGACGAAGAGAGCAGACGUCCGCUCAAUAGGAGCUACAAUGAAGAUGAUAGCGACUAAAAAAAUCGAUAUUAUAUUUUAUAUAAGUAAUCGAUAUAAUCAAAUGAAAGGAACUAUAUGUUCAAGCUAUAGGAAGAAGAAACCUUUGAUUUUAAAACCGAUAUAGUAAAAAGAUUCUCGAUUGUUGGAAAAUUGGAAUUGAUAUAGUAUAGAAAUGAUAGAUUGGGAUAGUAAAUUGAGAUGAUAGAGAGGCUAGGAAGAUUGAAAGAUCUUUAGAACUGAUGUAUGUAAGUUAUGUAUUAACAUCUCACAAAAAUGUGAGUAUUUCUUCCUCCUCCACCUAGAAACUGUAUAGAACUUGGAUAUCAUAUUUUGUAUAAUUAAUUAUCCUAUACUUGAUGCAUAUUUUGAAACAAUAAGUCACAUAUACCCAACGUUAUUAGACAUAUCUGUCUACUAACUGACAUAUACCUACUUCGUAUCCUGAAUAUAUAAGAUUGAUAUAAGACAAUAUUCACUAUAAAUAUACUGUCCCUGUAUCACUUAUUGAUUGAUAUAUCAUUAAACUAUUAAGCUAUACGAAUCUCAUAAGUCCAGCCCCAUGGAGACCGAUCUGAGAUAUUUAUGUAGAGACAAAUAAAGCUUUUUAAUAGGGUUGCUUGAAUGUUUACUUAUAGAAAAUAACUAGUACCUUUGUAAUAUAAUUAAAGUAAACACGACUUAUUUAUUGUUUAGAUGUCUAUAUGUAGGCUAUAUGUUUAUAUGUAUAUGUUGACACGAUUUAUGUCAUUAAGUGUCAAAAUCAAAAUGACGAAACAUGAAAAACACAAUAACAUAAAUGUUGAAACUAGUCGUGUUCAAUUUAAAAUAUCACAAGGGUACUAGUUAUUUUCUAAAAUCAGAUUCAGAAACCUAUAGGAUUGCAGAUCGCAGAUCGCUCUCUGUGAGACCGGGCCUUAAUGGCAAAUAUAAUAUUCUCCUUCCAUAUCCUUAUUUUAUUUUUUAAUUAAAUCUACUCUGACAAAAAAUGAUUGAUUGCCAUCUUGAAACAAGAAUUACAAAAUUCUUCAGAUUUUGCCUUGUUUAUUAUAUUGAAGUGAAAUAAAAGCGCUUUUUUAGAUAAAAACAAUAACCGCUUUUAUUUCACCUUAGCAAUAUUGUUUUCUCCUUAAAGCACUUUUUUCACCUUGAUAUGAAUUAAUUUCAUAUCUCUGUUCAUAGUGUGGAUUCUAUUUUAUUAAUAAUGUGAAAGACAUUUUUAGAAUUCAACUAAUGGAACUUUUGAAUACCAAAAUCCAAUUUAUCAUUAUAUUAAUAAAUUAAUCAAAAAAUCUGUAUGGGCCUAAUGUCCUGUUCAAAGAACUUUCGGUUUUUUUCGAAUAACACCUUCCCUGUAAUACUGAAAUAUAUUGCAAUAUAUUGAUGCAUGUAUUUGAAUAAAUUGUUUUCAGUUACCAGUUUUAUAGUCCAUGUUUGUUUUUUAUGUUUAUUCUUAUAUCUUGAGACAAGGGAUCAUUCCCAUAUUAUGAUCCUGAAGAAGUGAAGAUGGAAAUGAAUACUGAUUGAUGUCUUGGAAGCCAUACGCUAAAUAAAUAAAAUGCAAUAUAUGUGCAAUAUUAAAUUUCGUUAUCUUAAUAUCCUAACAGAAAAUAUCCUAAACUGUACUGUAACCAACAUAAACAAUAAUGUGUAUUAUAUUAGGCUAUAUAUAAGUUAGAAGUGAUUAUUUCGUUGAUGUUGAAUAAUAAUUAAUUCAGAAUAAUAAAUAAUUUGAAAACUAUUCAAUUCAUGAAUUAUCUUAUUGAAUAUUAUCUCAAGUUUACUCUCAGAUUUUCUGUUAGCAUUGUUGAUUAUUCUCAGUACAAUUCCUUACUAUCGCGAUUUGAUUACUAUCAUCAGAUUUUACUCUAUACUUGAGUUUUAAGAGAUGUUGGUGCCAUAUUAAUGCACAAUUAGCCGUGUGUAUUGAUGUACCUGAAGUGAUUUGUAUUAUAUAAUAUUGUAAUUUUUGUAAAAAACAUGUCUUUCUAUGAACUAGUCAUACUAACUAUAUCAAUAUUGUGUUAUACUAACGUUCAAUGUAGUAACCAUUUAUUAUCGAAGUACCUGUCCGAUUUAUUAUUGUAAGGGUUUUCGACUCCUUCCGCUAGAUUAUAAUAAUCGAUUAUUGUUGAUAUAGAGCGUAGAUGGUUGCUUUCACAUCUGUCCAGUAUUUGAAUUAGUUUAUAACUUUUGUAAUGAGUAAGUUACAUAAUGAACGUUUCUAUGUUUGAAUCAGUUAAUAAACAACAUGUUGAU